ACACAACUACACAAGGCACACAACUCUUCCUUCCUCCUUCGAAGGAGAACAGAAACUGAUAAUGAUUCCCGCCAUUUCGCUCUCAGGCGUUGUAACUAACAUAACCGCCAUUUCAGUCUCCAUAGCCCCCAAACCACAAAAGCCUCUUAAGCAAACCCUUAAAUCUCUGGCAAACUCUGGAAAACUAGACGAGGCAAUUCGGCUGAUUGAAGAUUCGCCCUCCAAAUUUGUAGAUACUGAGGCGUACUCCACCCUCCUCCAUGCCUGUAUCUCUCAAAAGUCCUUAAAACAUGGCCAACGACUCUAUCUCCAACUGCGUCAUCGCAGAGACCGAGACAAAAAUCGACACAAUAAUCUGCUCAGUGAUUCAACCUUGCAAAGCAAGUUCAUUACCCUUUUCGCUGUUUGCGGCCGUGUCCACGAGGCUCGCUGCAUAUUUGACGAUGGCCUUGAAUAUGGAGACGUACCCGAGUCAGUAUGGGUGGCAAUGGCUAUUGGGUAUGCAAGAAAUGGGUAUUUUAUGGAGGCUUUACUUGUUUACGGUGACAUGCUGUAUCACUUCAUUCAACCAGGCAAUUUUGCGUUUUCUGUGGCAUUAAAGGCAUGUGCAGAUUUGAAUGAUUUUCAGGUUGGGAGAGGGAUCCAUGCCCAAGUUGCAAAGUCUAACGAAGAACCUGAUCAAGUGGUGAAUAAUGCUCUUUUGAGGUUUUAUGCAGAGUGUGGGCGUUUUGAUGAGGUAGUUAAGGUGUUUGAAGAAAUGCCUGAAAGGAAUAUUGUGUCUUGGAAUUCUUUGAUUACAAGUCUUUUGAAGCAGGGUCGAUUGUUUGAGGCAAUGGAUAUGUUUAGACGGAUGCAAAGAGAUGGAAUGGGAUUCAGUUGGGUCACUCUCACAACAAUCUUAUCUCUAUGUGCACAAGUGACGGCAUUGCAUAGUGGGAAGGAGAUACAUGCGCAAAUUGUGAAGUCAGUGAAGAGACCAGAUAUGCCAGUGCUAAACUCUCUCUUAGACAUGUACGGAAAAUGUGGAGUCAUUGAUUACUGUAGGAAAGUAUUUGAUGGCAUGAGUGAUAAAGAUUUGACAUCGUGGAACACCUUGUUGACCGGUUUUGCCAUGAAUGGCCAUAUGGAAGAAGCAAUGGAAUUGUUCAAUAAGAUGGUCGAGUAUGGGUUGCGGGUUGAUGAGGUCACUUUCAUUGCGUUAUUAUCAGGUUGUAGCCAUGCGGGGCGUACAGAUGCUGGACAGACAUUGUUCAAUAGAAUGAAGAAAGAUUUCGGAGUUUCACCAAGUGUGGAGCAUUAUGCUUGUCUGGUGGAUACAUUGGGUAGAGCUGGAAGAAUUGACGAGGCAUUAGAGAUAGUGAAAAGCAUGCCUAUGCAGCCUAGUGGCAGCAUAUGGGGAUCGUUGCUUAAUUCCUGCAGACUCUACGGCAAGGUCUCUCAUGCAAGAACUGUUGCAAAACAUUUGUUUCAACUGGAACCAAACAAUCCUGGAAAUUAUGUGAUGCUGUCGAACAUUUAUGCAAAUGCAGGGCUGUGGGAGGAUGUAAAUGUGGUUAGAGAGAUGAUGCAAUCAGAAGGCUUAAAAAAGGAGGCUGGAUGCAGUUGGAUACAUAUAAAGAAUAGUGUUCACACAUUUGUGGCUGGAGGGAGUAAUGAGUUUCGUAAUUCAGCAGAGUACAAGAAAAUUUGGAGCAAAGUAAUGGAAGCAAUGGACGAAAUUGGAUACGUCGCUGAUACAGGGGUUGUACUUCAUGAUGUAAACGAUGAAAUGAAAGCAAUGUGGGUUUGUGGGCAUAGUGAGCGACUUGCAACCAUGUUUGCACUCAUCCACACCGCCGGUGGAAUGCCUAUUAGGAUUACAAAGAAUCUUCGCGUUUGCAGAGAUUGUCACGCUUGGAUGAAGAUUGUUUCAAGAGUAAUGGGAAGGAUAAUUGUUUUGAGAGAUACGAACCGAUUCCACCAUUUCAAAGAAGGUGAAUGCACUUGUAAGGACUACUGGUAACACCAGUAGAGAAAUUACCUUUUAGAUGUCCGUAAGUUCCUAUGUAAAAUAUCUUCUUCAUUUAUUUUUGAUAAUACAAAUUUCAUCAGACUUGAAUUCACGACUUCCCACUUGUACUAAGA